UUUUAGGAGGAGCUAUUGGAGAUUUACAAGAGCACGAAAAAUCAAAAUUCGAAAAGCCUUUAAAUAAGCGCAGUUUCAAAUCUUCAGCUCCUCAUUUCUUUCUCGUGAAGAUGUCAAUUGCAGUCUCGCAGCAGAUCUCUCUUUUCCAAUCCCAAAUCGAAAGCCGGAGAUUCAAUGAAGGAACUAUUCGAGUUCUCGAAUCCUUUUUAGCUUCAAACGACUUCAAAUACUUGGACGGAGUGGUGCGCGCUUUGAAACAGUUCGUGAGAAACGAAUCUCUCUGCAUUAUUCAGGAAAUCGCUGGAAAAUCUACGGAGCAUAAGCUUCUGAUCGUCGAUUUUCUAGUACGCGUUUUUGCUCUCAUUGGAGAUACUGAGAGUUGCUUGGCCUUGAGAUAUGAGGCAUUGCUUAUGAGAGAGCAAAAAGCCACCAAUGAUCAGAGACUUCUUGUUUCAUAUAGUGAGUGGCUCACUUUUGCUGAGCAUUCACUGGAGAAUGGAUUUUGUUCCAUCGCAAAGAAGGCAUGUGAAAAGGCACUUUUAUGCUUUGAGAUGAACAUCGUUGUUGACCCUGGAAAAGAUGACUUUGUAAUUGAAAAAAUUAAGAAACUUAGAGAUGUUGCUGUAAUAUCGGCUUCUUCAAGAUCAGUUCAGGCGCAGGCAGCAGAGUACUUCAAGAAGAAAACAACUCUGCAGACCUCACAAGGAUCCUACAUUUCUGUGGAAGCCAAAAGCUCAGGAAGCACUCUAUUUAGAAAUGGAAUCAAAAGACGACACAGGCGCCAAUUGGAUGAACAUCGACAUUUGGAACAGAACCAAGAAGCGUCUUGAGACGUGCCAAAUAUUUUGGAAUGAUUUUUCGUAGAAGUAUUACAAUAUUAGAGGUCACCAAUUUGACAAAAAGAUCAACUGCCCUUAGCGCAGGAAUGAUUUUUCUUAUAAGUAUUACAAUAUUAGAGGUCACCAAUUUGACAAAGAGAUCAACUGCCCUUCCAUAUGGUUAGUACAAUCUCUCCCACAGAUGAUUACUUUGAUUGUAGCACGAUUCAAUUGCUACAAUAGAUUUGAAUCUUAUAAGAAAUUUGGUCGUAUACGUAUGCCUGCGAAAAGAGCCAACUUUUGUGCUGUGGCAAGAACCUCUUGAUUCAUCUACUCGCUCUCCUGUUCAAC